AUGCUCCUCUACCCUACCGUACGUAAUAAGGACCUCAUCACUCACGCUCAGUGGCCGUAUCCCAUCAACAACACCGCCGACCUGGACAUCCUACAAGACGGCCAACUUCCUCCUGACCUUCUCGUCAAUAACAUCUACGGCCAGGACAUUUCUCAGCAGACAUAUCAAUCCCAACGACAAUCUCCUUUCAACUCUCCUGAACUGCAAUUCCUACCAUCGUCUGGCUGCUCAUCUCCCGCCUUCUCCUCCUUCUCGCCGGCGUUCUCGUCGGAUCGCUCUCCAGUCACGAACUUCUCUGGAGACUUUCCCAUCUUUGACGGCAGCUGGUCUGAAGCACCAUCCAUGAGUGUCGCCUCAUCUUACAAUCCCGCAUUCCACCUUGCACCACCGGCGCCAUCGCCGUAUCCCAACGCUCAAUACUCUACGCCUCAGUACUUGGCACAACAUUCUCCCAUGUUGGCGCAGUCUGGUAUCUCAACCAACACCUACGGUAGCUGGGAUACCGACACCAACUCCCAGUUGCUCAGCCCAGCUCACGCACAAAAGGGUGCACACAAGCGAGCAGCCUCGGGAUCCUCCGGCAAGACAGGAUCGAAUUCGCCACAAACAGCGACAGCAUUUGCCGGACAAUAUCAAAAUUCGAAUCCCAAAAAGUCGCUGCCUACUCCUGUGCAGACGCCAGUGCAGAACUCGUUUCUAGCUCCUGCAUUUCAGAACUACGACCCUUUGACACAUAAUGGCGACACUGCCGCCGCGGAACAGGCAAUGAGGCAAGCAGUCAUGGAACAGCACAGCCACGGCAGCAAUCACAACAACAAUCAUCCGACCGCCGAAGACGAUACCUCCUUCCACUACUCCCUCCCCCCAUCUGUGUCUAGCCUCAGUCACCACAACUCGCCGGUGACUCCUCAAACUACAUAUGACGAGCUCGAUGAUGGAUCAAAAGCGGUAGUCCAUGACUUUAAUAACCAAACCUCCAUGUCGAUGGGCGUGCCGAAACUCAACCGAACUAUCUCUGAGAUCUAUCAAGAUGAGCUCUACAAUACGAAUGUCGUCCCGGCGUCUUCACAGCAGAUGCGGAAAGCCAACACCAAUAUGGGUAGUGCGCCAUACCGAAAUUUGUUUGCCGAUCGACUCAACGCUGCCAACCAGGGACAUCUAUCAGCUCGUUCUCAAUCGCCAGCUGGCACUUCGGUGAACAGGGAGCGAUCGCCAUUCCGUCAAGGGUCUCCUCUUGCUGCAGAUUUCCAGCAUCAACAGUCUCAUCUUGCUUCGGGUUUGGGCUCUGCUUUGCAGUUGCAGGAAGGAGAGAUCAAGACUAUUUCCCCCAAGGAUGCUCUCCUGGAGUACAAUGAAGGUCCCGAUGACCUGGCUAAUGGAUUACCAUCGCUGUUUCCUACAAACGACAUGACUCUUGGUGGUAGCGAUAUGACCUCUCGCCGACAGAGUGCCACCAGCGCUUUCCAACCUACAUUGGCCUACAACUCCAUGGAAACAUUUCCGACUCAAUACGCUACUCAGGCUGCCGGUUUACAGCAACCCAUGAACAAUUUCAUGCAACCACAAUUACCGACACAAAAUCUCCAUGCCAACAAUACUCUGCUGCAGCAAACCCCAGGCUUCCCUGCAUCGCUACCCUCGAUGGAGUCUACGAAUAGCGACCGGAUGAUGGAAACUCCAUCCAAACGGCCUAAUGACACCUCAUCAGACUCGGGUACAUACACAUGCACAUACCACGGGUGUACAUUACGGUUUGAGACACCGGCGAAGCUACAAAAACACAAGCGCGAAGCUCAUCGGCAGACGAUGGCUGGAGACACCAACCCAUCAUUGGCUCUACGAAAUUCGCAAGCUGGCCCCCACAAAUGUGAACGAAUCAAUCCGUCUACGGGCAAGCCAUGCAACUCUAUUUUCUCACGGCCAUAUGAUUUGACACGGCAUGAGGACACAAUCCACAAUGCGCGCAAGCAGAAAGUGCGGUGUCAUUUGUGCACAGAAGAAAAGACCUUUUCGCGCAACGAUGCACUUACUCGACAUAUGCGAGUGGUGCAUCCUGAAGUGGAUUGGCCGGGGAAGCAACGGCGCAAGGGACAUUAG